GGCGCGUUCACGGCGGCAAGCCAAGGAAGAGGGGAGGCGCGUUCACGGCUCCCGUUGGAUUCCAUACUGUAAGGGGGGGGAUUGCGUGAGCGCGCACCGGGACAACAGCUAUCUCUAAUUCUAGCAGGAGAACCCCCCAAUUGGCAGGAGGCCGAGUCUCAGCAGGUCACCAUGGCACUAGCCGAACUCUAUACACAGUAUAACAGGGUUUGGAUCCCUGAUGCAGAUGAGGUGUGGAAGUCUGCAGACAUAACCAAGGAUUUGAAAAUUGGGGACAGUGUGCUUCAUCUGUGUUUGGAGGAUGGAAGUGACUUGAAAUAUCCAGUGGAUCCAGAAAAACUCACCCUGCCACCUCUUAGAAAUCCAGAUAUCCUUGUAGGGGAAAAUGACCUCACCGCUCUUAGUUAUUUACAUGAGCCUGCCGUUCUGCAUAACCUCAAAGUACGAUUCAUGGAAUCCAAACUUAUCUAUACUUACAGUGGUAUUAUUUUGGUUGCAAUCAAUCCAUACAAGGAGUUACCGAUAUAUGGAGAUGCCAUUAUUCAUGCAUACAGUGGGCAAAAUAUGGGAGAUAUGGAUCCACACAUAUUUGCGGUUGCUGAAGAGGCGUACAAGCAAAUGGCAAGAAACAACAAGAAUCAGUCCAUUAUUGUGAGCGGAGAGUCUGGUGCAGGAAAAACGGUGUCGGCGCGAUACGCUAUGCGAUACUUUGCCACAGUUAGUAAGUCAAGUAGCAAAGCAAACAUUGAAGACAGAGUACUUGCAUCCAAUCCCAUAACGGAGGCAAUUGGCAAUGCAAAAACUACAAGGAAUGAUAACAGCAGCCGAUUUGGAAAAUACACAGAAAUUAGCUUUGACAGGAGAUACCAAAUAAUUGGUGCUAAUUUAAGAACAUAUCUUCUUGAGAAAUCCAGAGUCGUAUUUCAGUCAGAAGAUGAGCGGAAUUAUCACAUAUUUUACCAGCUUUGUGCCUCGGCCAAUCAACCAGAAUUCAAGCAACUUCAGCUAUUGCGCGCUGAUGAGUUUAGCUACACAGGAAUGGGUGGCUGCAUAACCAUUGAUGGAGUCGAUGACAGAAAAGACAUGAUAGACACACAAAAGACAUUUUCUUUGUUAGGUUUCAAUGCCAAUUUUCAGAUGGAUAUCUUUAAAGUCUUGGCAGCGAUCCUGCAUUUAGGAAAUGUACCGAUCAAGCGCGUCAACGAUGAUAAAUCUUCUGUAAAUAAAAGCGACAAACACUUGAAGAUAUUUUGUGAGCUUCUAAAUCUUGAAACAGAUAAGGUAGCCCUGUGGCUGUGCAAUCGGAAAAUUGUUACAACAUCAGAUACCGUUAUCAAACCCAUGACAAAACUUCAAGCGGAUAAUGCGAGGGAUGCCUUGGCAAAAAAGAUCUACUCCCACCUUUUUGACUAUAUUGUUGAAAAAAUAAACAAGGUAUUGCAGUUUCCAGGAAAACAGCACACCUUCAUCGGAGUACUUGACAUUUAUGGGUUUGAAACAUUUGAAAUUAAUAGUUUUGAACAGUUCUGCAUUAAUUAUGCGAAUGAGAAGUUACAACAACAGUUCAACUUGCAUGUCUUUAAGCUGGAACAGGAAGAAUAUAUGAAAGAAGAUAUCCCGUGGACACUCAUAGAUUUUUAUGACAACCAAACGGUCAUUGAUCUAAUUGAAGCAAAAAUGGGUAUUUUGGAUCUACUAGAUGAAGAAUGCUUGUUACCAGGGGGAACAGAUGAAAACUGGCUACAAAAACUGUAUAACAACUAUAUCAACAAGAAUCCUUUGUUUGAGAAACCUAAAAUGUCCAAUAGAGCAUUCAUUAUCCAGCAUUUUGCAGAUAAGGUAGAAUAUCAAUGUGAUGGGUUUUUGGAGAAAAACAGAGAUACGGUGUAUGACGUACUGAUUGAUCUGCUAAAAACCAGUAAGUUUGAGCUGUGUGCCAACUUUUUUCAAGACAAUUCUGUAACGACAUCACCUUACAGUGCGGGUAUAAAAGUAAAAUCUGCAAGACCAGUGAUAAAGGCAUCAAACAAAGAACUUCGGAUGACUGUUGGCUGCAAGUUCCGCAAUUCUUUAUGUCUGCUCAUGGAGACAUUAAAUGCUACAACCCCUCAUUAUGUUCGAUGUAUAAAGCCCAAUGAUGAAAAGCUGCAAUUCGAAUUUGAUUCCAAACGAGUGGUGCAACAGUUACGAGCAUGUGGGGUUUUGGAAACCAUCAGGAUAAGUGCACAGAGCUACCCAUCAAGGUGGACAUACAUAGAAUUUUUCGGUCGUUAUAGCAUCCUUAUGACUCAACAGGAAUUGUCUCUGAGUGAUAAGAAGCAAAUCUGUAAGGUUGUGCUGCAGAGAUUAAUCCACGAUUCCAAUCAGUAUCAGUUUGGGAGAACAAAAAUAUUCUUCCGGGCUGGACAGGUGGCCUACUUGGAAAAACUGAGAUCCGAUAAGCUGAGAAAUGCUUGCAUCAUGAUCCAGAAGAACGUUCGGGGCUGGGUUCAGAGGAAGAAAUUUCUCCGUGCGCGACAGUCUGUGAUUACAAUACAACAGUACUUCCGUGGACAGCGUGCUGUGAGGCAAGCAAUAACUGCUACGUCCUUGAAACAUGCGUGGGCUGCUAUCAUUAUCCAAAAAUACUGCAGAGGUUUCUUAGUUCGUCGGAUUUAUCAGUUAAUCCAAGUUGCUACUGUGACGAUACAGGCAUUCACACGGGGCUAUUUGGCAAGGAAGAGAUACCAAAAGAUACGGGAGGAGCACAAGGCUUUAGUACUCCAGAAAUAUGCACGCGCAUGGUUGGCGAGACGCAGGUUUCAGAACAUCCGGCGUUUUGUGCUCAAUAUACAACUUUCUUACAGAGUCCAGAGAUUGCAAAAGAAGCUGGAAGACCAGAACAAAGAAAACCAUGGACUAGUUGAAAGGCUAACCAGUCUAGCAAACACUCAUGCCCAUGACAUCGAUAAACUUCAUAAACUUGAAGCAGAGCUGUCAAAGAAAACAGCUCUUGGAAAAUCUCAGGAGGAAAGAGGGAAGAAGUACAAGGAAGACACCGAGGAGAAAUUAGUAAAACUUCAAAAACAAAACUCUGAACUUCUUGAACAAAAACAGCAACUGGAAGUUAAACUGGAAGACAAGACCCAAGAAAUGAAAGAUAAAAUGAAUGAUCUCACAAAUCAACUCUUUGCUGAUGUGGAAAAAGAAGAAAAACAACGCCUAAAGCUUGAAAGGCAUUUUGAGAUUCAGAAGCAAGAUUACGAAAGGCAGAUUGCUCAGCUGAAGGAUGAAAUUAUGGUUCUAAAAGGAAAAAACAAGCAGCUUCUGCAAGAAGUGGAAGAACAGCAGCUCAUAAGUGAUGGUUUAAAACAGGAGAUAAAUCAUCUUUCUAAUGUGGCAAAGAAAAUACCAGAAUUAGAAAAUGAAAUCGAAGCACUCGAAAACCAGAAGAGGGAAUCUCAAAUCCAGAUGCAGGUGCAGAAACAAGAAAUGAGAGAAAAGAUGGAUGAAAUGGCAAAACAACUCCUGGACAGUUUUGAAAUAGAAGAUGUUAAAAAUAGACUUGCCCAAGAAAAUCUGGAAAAUAUAAAUGAAGAUGGAGAACUUUAUUUUGCAUACGAAGGCUUGAAAAAAGCAACCAGAAUUCUAGAAAGUCAUUUUCAGACUCGAAAAGAAACCUAUGAAAAGGAUAUUGAAUUAUUCAACUUUAAUGUGAAUCACCUCACUGAAGAUGUCAAAAAGCUACAGAAAUCAUGCAAGGAAGAAAAAGAGUCAAAUGACAGCCUCAGACAGGAGAUCAUCAGGUUAACAACAGAGAAUAAGGUCAUAGCAAGUCUCAGGGAUAAGAUUUCAGAGCUUGAAACACAAAAUAUGGACCUUCAAGGCAGUCUUUAUGAACAGUCUAUGAAACUUCCCGGAAAAGGAGACAAGGUAUCCAAUAAUACGCGGCUCUAUUUUGAAGAGGAAGCAGUAUCUCCAAAAUUCCAGAAUUCUCAGAAGGAGGCACGAGGAAGAGACGAGAUGGACACGAGCAUUCCACAGGAAGUUAGCAUUCAUGCAAAGGAACUCAAUGAAAUGGACAAAAAGGACUAUGAGGAACAGGUGGAUAAGAAAGAUAGAAUCAUCAAAAAACUUCAAGAUCAGAUCAAAGCUCUAACAAAGUAUAUUGAAACAGACGAUCCAGUGAGUGUACCAGCAGCAUCUAAGGACUAUUUGGGAAUGUUGGAGUUUGCCCAAGACGAUGAGUCCAAACUGAUUAGCAAUCUCAUCCUGGAUCUCAAGCCACGUGGUGUGGUAGUAAAUAUGAUUCCCGGCCUCCCGGCUCACAUCAUGUUCAUGUGUGUAAGAUACACGGAUUACAUCAAUGACGCUGACAGGAUCAAGUCCCUUAUGAAUGCAUCCAUCAAUGGCAUUAAAGAAGUUAUUAAGGAACAUGCAGAGGAUUUUGAAAUGUUGUCAUUCUGGCUCUCCAAUGUCCACCAUUUUCUCAACUGUCUAAAACAAUACAGUGGAGAAGAGGAGUUUUCAAAGUAUAACGUGCCACUUCAAAAUAAAAACUGUCUAAAGAAUUUCGAUCUGUCUGAAUACAGACAAAUUAUCAGUGACUUGGCCAUUCGAAUAUACCAUCAGUUUAUCACUGUUAUGGAGAACAAUAUUCAACCAAUGAUCGUACCUGGCAUGCUGGAAUACGAGAGCCUCCAUGGAAUAUCUGUUGCCAAACCUACAGGCUUCCGAAAACGUUCCUCCAGUAUAGACGACACAGAUGCAUAUACAAUGACUUCAAUUCUCCAACAGCUCAGUUAUUUCUAUACCACGAUGUGCCAGCAUGGCAUGGACACUGAACUGCUGAAACAAGCAGUCAAGCAGCUAUUCUUCUUGAUAUCCAGCGUCACACUCAACAGCCUUUUCCUACGUAAAGACAUGUGUUCCUGUAGAAAAGGAAUGCAGAUAAGAUGCAAUAUAAGCUACUUGGAAGAAUGGCUGCAAGGCAAGAAUCUACAGGGAAGUACAGCCAAAGAAACCCUAGAACCCCUUUCUCAGGUUGCAUGGCUACUGCAGGUUAAAAAAAUAAAAGAUGAAGACGCUAAGGAGAUAUGUGAACGCUGUACUGCACUUUCACCCAUACAGAUUGUAAAGAUCCUCAACUCCUACACUCCAAUUGAUGAUUUUGAAAAGCGGGUGACCCCAUCCUUUGUGCGCAAGGUUCAGUCCAUGCUCAACAACAGAGAAGACAAUUCACAGUUAAUGGCGGAUAGCAAGUAUCUCUUUCAAGUGACUUUUCCAUUCAGUCCAUCUCCUCAUGCAUUGGAAGUGAUCCAAGUUCCCAGCAGCCUCAAGCUGGGCUUCCUAACGAGAAUCUAGGAUAAAAAAAAAAAAGACUGCCCGUUACUAAAUCCCAGAGCAACACGAAGGAUUCCCGAAUGAUUAGUGUCUGUAGACGAAUUAAGUGCUAUUUUUGUAUUUGGGCAAAAUAUCUGUUGAGAUGUUAGAAUUGACCCACAUUAAUACAUAGUACUGUUUGCUUUUAAAUCAUUGUAUUACUUUCCCUAUGACAGUUUCUGCUAAGUCCCGAACAAAAAAAGAACGAAAAAACAGGAUAUAUGAAGAUGAAUGUGACAGUUUUGGGAUUUCAUGCUUAAAACAUUUAGCACAUUUAAUAUUAGUUACUAUAAGCUAGCAGGAGCAUGUAUUGAAGAAAUUCACAGACAUUGAGAGACUGUGUUAACCAAUGUUAAGGCUCCUUGGAAUAUUUUCUAUGUAGUCCCAAUAUUGAAUUAUUGAGGUCUGAAAAGUUGGAUAAUAAAUAUUUCUGCAAUUAAGCUUAGAUGUUUUAAAGCUGCUACAAAUACCUCUUUAUCAUGAUGUAAUAGUUUUAAUUGGAUGUUUCACUCCACACAAUGUUCCCCUAAUACACUUGAAAAUGCAAGCAGUGGUUAUUCAAGAGGAUGAAUAACAGUCUACAAAAAAAAUGGAAUGAAAAUUAAUUAAAACUCGGACAGAUUUGCUUACAUCUUCGUCCCAUGAUAGUUUGCACACUGAUGAUCUUCACUGAUACU